CGCUACUGGUAGAGUGUCCGUGAAGUAUCUGCCGCCCAACUACACCAUGAAGGCUAUGCUUUCUCUUGUUUUGUUCUGCGUCGCAAUUGCCGUGGCGUCUGCUGGCCUGCACCACGGUGGCCUUGGCCUGGGUCAUGGAGGAUUCGGCGGAGGAUACGGUCUGGGUGGUAAUCAAGGUGGCUUUGGUUACGGUGGCCUUGGACACGGCGGUCUUGGUGGCGGCUACGGCCUUGGUGGUCUCGGAGGUGGAUUCGGACAUGGAUACGGUGGCAACUACGGAGGAAGCUACGGUGGAAACUACGGCGGCUCUUACGGCGGUAACUACGGUGGACACUACGGAGGCCUCGGCGGUGGACUCUACGGCUAACCUCUUUCUCUGAGCAGUACUGGACUUUACACAGGAGACCCAUCGACCAAAGUGAUAUGGACCUACAAGAAUUCGACCUAUCCAAAUGACUGAGUUUAAAAAAUAAAAAAAACUUGAUAAUUCAAAA